AUGUCGACCAUCAUUCGGACUUUGCGGAACCUGAGAAGGAUUGGAUUCAAGGAAUACGGCCACCAAAUGCAGUAUAUUGGCGAUACCAAAGCUGGAACCCUGAUUGGCACCGAUCGCUACGGCAACAAAUACUUCGAGAAUAUGGAGGAGGAACUUCCUCUCCGGACACGUUGGGUGGACUACAAGGAGCAGGAAUAUGAUCCCUCGCAGAUUGAGCCUGGCUGGCAUGCCUGGAUAUCGUACAAAGUGGAUGCGCCCCCUACUGCCGAUAAGCUCAUGCAGCCUGGCCUUCGUGCCUGGGAGCUGCCGGAACACAGGCCCAACAUGACUCUGAGCCGCGGUGCUUUCAAGACCUACUCCACUGUCCGACCCAAGUAUUCGGCUUGGGAACCUGUUGCGGCUCCCCGGUAA